GCUCUGCUGUGCCCCGGGGGCAGGCUCAUCACCUACGGCCCCUACGCCGUCAACGGCCAGAUCACGCCCGAGUCCAACGUCAACUUCGACGAGACGCUGCGGGCCAUGAACCCGGAGUAUGGCCUCCGAGACAUCGUGCUGGACCUGCAGCCUCUGGCCGCCGACGCGGGACUGUCGCUGAGGCACACCGUCGACAUGCCCGUCAACAACAAGGUCCUCGUGUGGCAGAAGGAGCAAUGAGGGCAGGUGCUCAGUGAUUCAACUCCUAUUGUACCUGACGUUUUUAUGUUGUAUCAGUUAUAACAUUGUUCCGUCGCGGGAAGCCGUAUGGUUUUACCACGAAAUCUCAAGAUCCACAUUACAGUAAUGUUUUGUGUGUGUGUUUUUUUUUCGACUUUUUGAAAUUUCCGCUAUACGCCGUUUUGUAUUAAAGAGAUUUGAAAAAUGUCUCUAA